AUCGUUGCUGUCACACUCUGCCAGCUCGCCGUCCGUGUUGUUGUAGUAAAUAAUGGCGGCAUCGGGAGGCGGAUUAUCAUCUCCCGCUUCAGUUGCGGGCUUGAGCAUCCAAGCGCCGGCCCGGGCUCGCUUCCCGGGUCGGCCGGGGCCGGCUCGCAGCAGGUUGCGGUCGGAAAAACGUACCAAACGCGGAAGGUUGGGCUCGGACGACGGGGAGCUGUUUGCCGAAGGGCCGAGGCCCGUGAACAUCGGCCUGGCGUUGAGCGAGGACCCGUCCCUGCUGCGUCUGCUCGGCGUGGCGGAGAAGCACAGGAGGCAGAGAGAUGCGGGCUUCGAGUCCAGUAGCAGUGAGGAGGAGGAAGUUUGUACUAGAUUUGGGACCUCAACAGUUCCUCAGGCGUCAUUACUCAGCCAAGCAAAGCCUCCUCAAGCUUCAGGCCCUUCUGUGGCAGCAGUGCCUCUCAUUGUAAAUAUUAUACCCAAGACCCCAAAACCGGGUCUUAUUGGGAGAAUUGUACCACGGGUCUCUAUAGAAGGCCAGGGUGUCACAGAGAGCCCGGCAAAAGACAAAGAAAUACCCACGGUUGUAAUUGAACUGCAUGGCAAGCAGGUAGCUCUCACUGCAAAAGCCAAACAUGCAGGCGAGCAGGCCUCAGGGGGACGGAGCAGUACAAGAUCAGCUAACUUCAGGAAGGAAGCAAAAUCAGAAGACUCGGACAGUCGACAAAACCAAACAGCCGCGACCUCAGAUGGUGGCAACAAGCAACCUACGAAAGUCAAAGAACGAGGCGAGGUGACGGAGGACUCGGACAAAGACCUAUCCCAGCCACAGCGAUCUGGGAGAGGCACCAGGGGCUUUCGAUUUGGGCACACCAGACGCACAUCUCAAGCAGUCGCUCUGUCAUUCACGUCUUUUCACAAACGGCAGAGGAAGAGACGAGCUAAGGGUAUGGGUGCCUCUCCAGAGGCUGGAGCUGAGGCCGGUGCCCAGAGUGGAGUGGAGGCAGCGAUGCCCCUCGAGUGCAAAGCAACAAAUGCCUCUGAAAAAAGAACACACAAAAGACGCAGAACGUUGCUCGGGCAAAGGCGGAAGCAAUCAAAAAGCGCUCCAGAAUUAAGACCAAAAUUAUGUCGUUCUCGUACUAAGCGUGUUUAUUACACCUACGUGUCGGAACCCAUUCCGGCCACACCGACGCUGGACGGGAACGAGCAGCAGCAGCGAAUGCAGAGUAUCACUCCAUCUGAGGUUGAGCUGAGCUCACUUCCUAAAGAAGUCCAGAAGAACUCAUCCACUCCUAUAAUGAGUGCACGGUCCUCACGCGUCAUUAAAACUCCAAAGAGGUUCUUGGACGAGGAAAUGAUUUCCUUACCAAGAGGGCUGAAAAAUCAACAGAGAGAGGACGGAAAACCAAGUCCAUCGUGUCAUGAGUCCAACUAUGAUGGCAACCUGCAGUCGGACAGUGAAUCAAUAUCUGUAGCUGACGGCUCAUCUGCAGUGACAAAGUUCUCAUCCAAGCCCAGACCAGGAACGAGUCACCUAGAGAUAUACAAGAACCUCAAGAAACUAACCUUGAAACUGGCAGAGAAGAAGAAAGGCCACUCCACAGAGGGGGAUCCUGCACAUCAUGACGACGGUUUGACUCAUGUCAGGAAGAGACGGCGGUCAAAGAUCACGGUGGAGGAGAUAGACUCUCCUGGAGUAGUGAGGAAACUAGCUGUGUCGGUGGACGCUGAGGCGAAAGUACUCUCACAUCUGCCAUCCGGAGAUACAGGCAACAAUAAUGAAGCAGAAGGCGUGACUGCAGACAGUCAUGAGGCAUUAGAAGUCAGCGGGCCCAGCCAUCGAAUUGGUCUCAGUGGAGCCAAUAAGACGAUGCUCCACCUGCUGAAGAAAGCCAAAGUCCAGCUCAUCAAGAUUGAUCAGCAGAAGCAUCUCAAGUUGUCACAGUUGGGCUCCAGAGAACCACGAGUGCCAGUGAGCGGAAGCAGGAGGAGAAGGAAAAGAGUUGUCGUAUCUCCCAAAGACAUCAGUCUUCAGGAGCAGCCGCUUGGUGGGCCAAGGAUCAAACAUGUGUGUCGGGCAGCAGCAGUGGCUUUGGGGCAGCCCCGUGCCAUGGUGCCAGACGAUAUCCCCAGACUCAGCGCCCUGCCACUACACGAGAGAGAAGGAAUCACCUUUUCUCCUGCGGCAGAAGAUGUGGCAGAUGAUGACGACGAUGACGUCUCUGAUAAGGGCAGGGCCCAGUGGGUUGUCUCUCAGGAACACAUCCAGCGGAAGAAGAGGAGGAGGAGGGGGAAGGGCCUCAAGUUCAGAAAGAGAAAGACCCUGACUCAAUAUGCACCCGGCGGACUCCGUGCCCGGCGCUGUGGACACUGCAAAGGCUGUUUGAUAGUGGAUGACUGUGCAAAGUGUACCAACUGCCGCGAUAAGCCAAAGUUCGGGGGGCCCAACACCAAGCGCCAGUGUUGCAUAUAUCGGAAGUGUGAGCGGAUUGAGAGGGCGAGGAAUAAGCGCGUCGUCAAACCAUUGAAACUCCAGGCGAGGCGUUCGGCGGCCUCGGGGUUGAGUGCUGAAGACGAGAACUGGCGCGUUGCAGGCGAGGCAUCGUCGGCGACGGCCCCUGUAAUCAGGAAACACUGCCUCCGUAACAUCACGCCACGCUCCUACAGCAGCCUGCUCAAGUCAGAAUCUGACGAAGAAGAAGAUAAAGCAGAUGCAUCGGUGGUCAAGCAACCUGUAGCUGCAGCCAUCAAACAAGGUCACGCUCUUCCAGAUGGCGGAUCACUGCUCGACAACCCUCCGUCUGAGGCGGUGAAGCCUCGCCGGCCGUUCUCCAGAGGAGCCGGGAGCCGACCCAGAGCGUACAAGGAACAGGAGAACAUGAAGGAGACGGAGCCCAGAGACAGUUUACCAGAAACCAGCCCACCCAGAAGCCCAAUGCCGAAGCUGCAGCAUCAGCUCCGAAUACACUUACACCGUCUGCCUGAUUUUAUCCUGCAGUCUGUUUUGGCAAAACCAGAGCCGAGUCCCCAGAGUCCAGAUCAGUGUCCAAUAUUGUCCCCGCUUUUAACGCCUCCUUCUAUUUCACAAUCGACACAUUCCACACCCCAGUGUCCUCCAGAACUGUCCCAGCCUGUAACGCCUCCCGAUGCUCUGCUUUCCCUGCAUACUAUAACAGACUCUUCACAGAAAUCUCUGCUGUUACGGUUGUACCGUUUGCCCCGGGCCUUGGUGCAGUCAGCCUUGCGUUUGCACAAAUGUAUAUCAUCACCAUCUCAACAACUGCCCCAGUUCAUACUGCCCUCCGCUCUGACGGGGGCUUCGUCACAGUUGUGCUUUCAGGAACAGCCCGAGUCUGAGGUUCAGGAACAGCCCGAGUCUGAGGUUCAGGAACAGCCCGACUCUGAGGUUCAGGAACAGCCCGACUCUGAGGUUCAGGAACAGUCCGACUCUGAGGUUCAGGAACAGUCCGACUCUGAGGUUCAGGAACAGCCCGAGUCUGAGGUUCAGGAACAGUCCGACUCUGAGGUUCAGGAACAGCCCGAGUCUGAGGUUCAGGAACAGUCCGACUCUGAGGUUCAGGAACAGCCCGAGUCUGAGGUUCAGGAACAGUCUGAGGUUCAGGAACAGCCCGAGUCUGAGGUUCAGGAACAGCCCGAGUCUGAGGUUCAGGACCCAGAUGUUUUGACGGAGACACAUAGAGCUAACACAAAUAACACUGAACAAGUGCUCCCUCAGCCAGUGGAUCCCCACACAGAGUUACAGGAGGGCAUGCAAGAGGAGCAGAAGGACAGUCCAGGGCAGCAGCCUGAAGAGGAGGAGGACGGUGCUGUGGAAGAGACGGUGACGAAAGACUGUCUCGCAACUGACAAUCACUAUGUCCUUCAUUCCCAGAAUCCUGCAGAGUGUGCGUCAGUGAACACCCUGACUGGGUUAACUAACGGGUUUCCCCAAAAGGGCUUGUUGCAGAACAAGUACAAGAUUCGCGUAGACUUUAAGGAGGACUGUGCUGUCCAGAACGUCUGGCUCAUGGGCGGCCUCAGCGUCCUCACCUGUGUCCCCACGACACCACAACCCGUCUGUCUGCUCUGCGCCAGUAAAGGACGACAUGAGAUGAUAUUCUGCCAGAUCUGCUGUGAGCCGUUCCACAGCUUCUGCCUCUCACCAGAGGAGCGCCCCAAGAAGGAGAGCAAGGAGAACUGGUGCUGCAGACGCUGCAAAUUUUGUCACGUGUGUGGCCGCCGGAGCAAGAGCACAAAGCCAGUGUUACAGUGUCGGAGAUGCCAAACCUCAUACCACCCUUCCUGCUUGGGACCAACUUACCCUAAACCUAUGAACUGCAACAUGCCCUGGGUGUGCAUGACGUGCAUUCGGUGUAAAAGCUGCGGUGUAACACCUGGAAAGUCUUGGGACUUGUCCUGGAACCACGAGCAGGAUCUUUGUCCCGACUGCACUUCUCUCCACAAAAAAGGCAAUUUCUGCAGAGUCUGCCUCAAAUGCUACGACGACGACAACAACAACCAACACACGCAGAUGAUUCAGUGUACAAAGUGCAGCCACUGGAUUCAUCACACAUGUGAAGGACUUUCAGAUGAGCUGUUUGUGUUGCUGUCAAACCAACCAGAGGACGUGUCUUUCACCUGCUCACCCUGCAGCGAGGACCAAACUGAACACAGCAGCUUGAAGAAGGAGCUGCAGAGCCGGCUGAUAGCCGGGUUGGAGGAGGUACUGACGGAUCUCCUCUCCAACGACACAACACAGCACCUCCGUAUGUGCAAAAUGUGUCGGGACCCAAACAACACAAUAUUUUUCGAGGAACAGCAACCAGUGUGUGAUCUACAGACCAUGGACAAGAAGUUUAAAGGCGGUGGUUACACCUCAAUAAAAGCUUUCCAUGCAGAUGUUGUCUCUGUGAUGAGGAAGUGGUUGAAGGAGGAGGAGAUUCUCCCUCAGGACCAGAGACCGACCAGUCAGGCCAGGGCGCGCUAUGUCAAACUGAUUGAGCAGGCGUUCAGUUGGUUUCCUGCAAGCUUUCUGAAAAAGUGGAGCACAUUCUCUCAUGACUUCCCAAGUGGCAUGCUCCCUGAGGCGGUCCUCCCACCAUCUAAGGAGCACAGCUAUGCACAGUGGCUGGAAAGGACAUACCAGUCCAAAGAGACUCGGUGCCAAGAGGCGGGGAAAACUGAGUCGGUGCUGUCCUCAGUCACUGCACAGCAGUCUGAUGUACCUCACGACCGACCUCUGUAUUCACGUGGUGUGAAGAGUGAUCAGCAAACAACCAAAACUGAAGAUAUGAGGCAAUGUGCACUGUGUCAACAAAAUGGAGACUAUGCUCCAAAGGAUGCAGGGCGGCUGUUGUACCUGGGACAGAAUGAGUGGGCCCACAUUAACUGCUGCCUUUGGUCUGCAGAGGUUUAUGAGGAGAAUAGUGCUCUUUUGCAAGUGCACACCGCUGUCUCAAGAGGGCGCCACCUGCGCUGUGAUCGCUGUGGGCAGUCGGGGGCCACUGUGGGCUGCUGUCUCUCCACCUGCCAGAGUAAUUUCCACUUCAUGUGUGCUCGUGCCCAGAACUGUGUGUUUCAGCUGGACAGGAAGGUGUACUGCUUCAGUCACAGGGAUCUUGUCAGUGCAACGAUGGUGUCUGGGAAAGGGUUUGAAGUGCCUCGAAGGGUAUAUGUGGACUUUGAUGGGAUCAAUCUUAGAAGAAAGUUCCUCACAGGCCUUGACCCUGAAUCCAUAAACAUGACCAUAGGCUCUCUACAGAUUCAGAAACUUGGUGUGUUGUCUGAGUUGUCAUCAAAUGGGAGGAUGCUGUAUCCUGUUGGUUAUCAAUGUUCUCGGUUGUACUGGAGCACUGUUGACCCCCGCAGACGUUGCAAGUACACCUGUAAGGUAACAGAAGUGAGCACACCUCUUCCUGGUGAGGAACAAGAUCCGAGAUGGGACAAAGAAGAGAAUCACACCAUCGCCCACAGCCCCAACCGCCACAGAUGUCAGCAGGAAAUUUCAGAUAUGGAUUCCCCGGUUCGUUUAGGUUCUCCAUCCAGCCCUUUAAAGUCCACUACUCCAUCACCCAACUCUAAACAGUACAGCACACCUGAAUCCAGAAGUCCUGGUUACACACAGACCAGGAGACCAGCAGGAGGAUCAUCCCGACCUCUUCCAUCUCCAGGUACAGCUCUUCCCAAACCGCAUCACAUCCUGACGUUGAGGGACCUGGAGGACACCCGUCGGCCUCGCAGGCUCUCAUCAAGAAGCCGCUGCAGUUCCUCGCCAACCGACAGCGAUCCGGCUGUCCAGAUGACCCUCCGCUCUGGUGGCGCCGUCCACUCUCGAUGUGCUCUGUUCAGCUCCCCUCCGAGGUCAUCAAACCUGGGUGCAGCCUCGCCGCCUCUGUCCAGACAAAACUCGGCAUCACCGGUCUGGAGCUCCCCGCCCCGAUCCAACGCCAGCAUUUCUGCAGCACUGUCGCCUCGAAGAGGAGCAAUCACUCACUCCCCCAGGGGGAGGCAAAACUUCAAAAUCACCACUCCAGUUUCUGCAGAGGUUCCCCACGACUUCCUCGCCUCAUCUGAGGCAGAAGAUGCACCAGUGGCCACAACCAAUGGGAUCUCACUCGCCCCUGAUAACCUGGAAGAGGAGGUCGCUCACCUGAUGGCCCAGGAGCUGCCCUACACUGUGUUUGACACGGACACAGAGGUCGCGGUCGCCUCCAUGCUGAAUGCUAAGCUUGAGUUCGACGAGGCUUUGCUCACAGAGAACGUGGCACUUCACUGCGGAGCACAAGGCGGGAGAGGAGAGGUGGAGGGCAUAGUGCAAGAUGCGGACAUGCAAGUAGAUAAUCGGGAGAAUUUCGAGGAUGAAGACUCAAGCCGUUACUUAAAAUUUUCACGGACAGUGGUGUGCGACGCAGCUAGCAGCUCGGAAACCUCUGGACAGCUCACUUCAACACAGUCGAUCUCACAGUUGGAUGGAGCAGACGGCGGGUCAGAGAGUGAUGAAAGAGAGGUGGUUGACGAUGAAGCUCGGGACCCAGAAGGUGAAGAGAGAGAAUAAGCUCACGCCAACCACAUUACACCGACGAAACGACUAACCGUCGCUCUAAAGAGGUUGGAGCCAAUCUUCACAGUGUCAAAGUCAGCUGAGCCAGAGUUUCAGGGAAGUUACCCACCAUCUGAAAUUCUUGAAGAAGGUUACGGAAACGAUGAAAUGUCAUUUCAGGAGGAAGUCGUCCAGAUGAGCUCCGAAGCACCAACGCCUCCAGAUAAGGUGUUUUUGGAUUCCAGUACAGGACACUUCAUUUCUGCCGAAGACGGCACUGUGGUGGGCCCAGAGAUCAUCGCAGUUGCCAAUAAAGAUGACAGUAGCUCAUCGACCGACUCCAUUGAAGGGUUCAAAGAUGAUUUGACUGACCCCGACUACUCUCCAGAGUGUACUCCGUUUCCAGAGCGUAAAACCAAAAGAUCUCCCACAUCUCAGAUGAAAACCAUCAUCGUGAAGACCAAACGUCCGGUAGCCAAUUUCAAACGCUUGUCGCCAAAGCCGUUUCUUCCUCAGCAGCGCAAACUCAAAUUGAUAUUGCCCCCUCGACCGAAUGUCACCAAUGCAUCGACUUCCCCUGCUGCUGCCACAGUUUGUGUAAUUCCACGCAGUGUCACCUCCUCCAUUGUGAUCAAUGGUCUAAACGUACCUAUCCAGCCUGGUGUCUCAACGGGGAGAACCAUCGCCAUUCGCUUGGACAACUCGAGGACAGGAAGUCAGCAGCAAGUUGCGACUCCGAAUCAAGCUGCGGCCUCCAGCUCACCGACUCCUGCUCCUCAGGUGCUUCUAGUCAAUCGACACGGUCAGAUUCUUAUCAAAGACCCGAGAUCGAACACUUACCAGUCCCUCAGUACGAACUCUCCCGCCUACAACAAAAUAAGCCAGAUUGCCAAGAUUCUCCACAGUGGUAAGGCCCUGCAGCGCUCGGUCCCUCGAGUUGUAAUAAAGCCUCGUGCCAGCCUCUCCGCCACAAACGUCCCAUCUGCCGGUAACUCGGCAACAUCAGAGAGAAAAGUCAUUUUUAGAGUCGUGCCUAUGAUAAGCGUUGGGACUCCUGCUUCCACAACUCCUGCUCCCUUAACUCCUGCUCCCUCCACUCCUGCUCAAUCAAAUCCUGCUCCCACAAAUCCUGCUCCCACAGCUCCUGCUCCCUCAACUCCUGCUCCCGCACCUCCUGCCAGUGUGCAGAGUGUUCCUGAAGCAGCUUUCUCCAGCAUUAAAGAAAGCACCGCCCAGGCUAUCAUCUACAGAGCCAUGGCUACCCACCGCGACGAGCCAAAGACGCAGCCCAUCAUCCUCAGUAAAACUCUGCGGCCAAAGGCCAGCCUUCGAGGUCCGUCCAUGUUUCAGUACGCAGAGGUAUCGGAUCAGUCCCAGGCUGCACCGUUAGAGUCCCCUAGUGGUGUCCUCAAUGAACCAAAUGUCAGCCCACAACCUGCACCUGCUCCGUCAUGCCACCAGGUGAGAGUCAAGAGAGUCUCACUUGUGUCUGAGCGGCCCUCCAGGAAGAAAUCUAAGAUGGACUUCUUGAAGGAUCCAUCAAGUGAGCUUGAUGAAGCUGAUGAAGCCAGACCGAGUGGUGUGAGAAUGAAAGCUCCAUCAGUGAAGGAUAGCCUCGACAUGGACCAGGGGAAAGUGUUGCACAAGUCUGAGCAGUUGAGAAUUACUGCUCCACCACCCCCCAGGCAUCCUCUGGUUGAGCGUCCUCCUGCAACGGCACAAUUUAGCAGUCAGACUCAAGGUAAAACCGACUUGUGGGUCAGUGCUCGCCGUGGAGACCUCUCUGAAUGGGGCCCUUACUCAGGUUUUAGCUCGGAAGAAGACGCAUCUUCACCCAAAUACAGAAAGAGGACAUGCAUGAACCAGCCCCACCUGCGUUUUGAAAUCACCAGUGAUGAUGGCUUCAGUGUUAAAGCUAACAGCAUCGAAGUCGCUUGGCGUGCGGUGAUUGACGGCGUCCUCGAAGCCCGAGCAGGCUUCCAUCUGAAGCAGCUUCCUCUGGGCGGGAUGGGCGGGCCGCGGGUGCUCGGUGUCGUCCACGACGCCGUCAUUUUCCUGCUGGAGCAACUGCAGGGUGCUGCAAACUGCAAACGGCAUCGCUUCCGCUUCCACCGCUGUGACGACAUCGAGGAAGAGCUUCCCCUCAAUCAGAGCGGCUGCGCUCGGACUGAAGUCUACACCCGGAAAGCGACUUUUGAUAUGUUCAACUUCCUGGCAUCACAGCACAGAGAGCUCCCUGUAAUGGUGGGCCCCUUUGAUGAGGAGGAGGAUGAAUUCCCACUGAAGUCUUCCAGGCGAGCCACCAGCAGUGAGCUUCCCAUGGCGAUGAGAUUCAGACACCUGGAAAAAAUCUCCAAAGAAGCAGUAGGAGUUUACAGAUCUGAAAUUCAUGGUCGCGGUCUUUUCUGCAAGCGGAACAUCGAGGCUGGCGAGAUGGUGAUCGAGUACGCCGGCAUCGUCAUUCGCUCCGUUCUGACUGAUAAGCGGGAGAAAUAUUACGACGGCAAGGGCAUCGGCUGUUACAUGUUCCGCAUCGACGACUUCGACGUGGUGGACGCGACGAUGCAAGGCAACGCCGCUCGGUUCAUCAACCACUCGUGCGAGCCGAACUGCUACUCCCGCGUCAUCAACGUGGACGGCCGCAAGCACAUCGUCAUCUUCGCCCUGAGGAAGAUCUACCGGGGCGAAGAACUGACCUAUGACUACAAAUUCCCCAUCGAGGACGAGAAAAGCAAGCUGCACUGCAACUGCUCCACAAGACGCUGCCGUCGCUUCCUAAACUAGUACAAAACACACACACACAAACACCCACACGCACACCACAUACCAUUAUCCAUCUUGGUUAAUGCACUUGAAAUUAGGAGGCGGACUUUGAGGAAGUGAUUUGAGGCGACUGUUGUAAUACGGUCGUAAGUGGCCAACACGCAGACCUGCGUCUACUGAACGGCUUCGCCAUGUUGGAAGCUCAUUAAAGACUCGUGGAGACGAACCAGAUGAACCAUAUGUCGAAGCUGAGGAUGAAUACUAUUUAUGCGAUUUCAGACUGCAGGAUUGUUGGUUUGUUGAAGUAGGAAGUGCAAUUAAGGAAAACUGCACACUCUUUUUGGAUUUGUGUACGGGUUUACCAUCUCGUACAACACAUUUUGUCAUUUAAACAUUGUUGACUUUGUCAGUAGCCUCUGCUGGAACUGGGGCCAAACAGCCGGGGGGGCAAUCAUUAGCAGCUACAAACGGUGCAAACUAAAACCACCUGAUUGCAGCCCUUCCUGCGUAAAAGGGGGGUCUAUUGUGAUGCUGGCGGCAGAGCGUUUUUGUAAAUACAAGGUCACACAGAAGGAUGAGGAGAAUUUAUUCAGCACCUUACUUUCACACAACCUUCUCGAGCAGCACAACUUUACUUCAGAGCUUAAUCGACGUUUUUGACUGGAGGCACCUUGUGUACGUUGUAGUGUAGCUACAUUUUAACCUCAGUCUGGAUUCCACAAGUCGUGUGAGGGGACAAGCCCUCGACAUAACCCGCUCCCUAUUCAGUCAGUUGAAAUGUCCUGAUUUUAUUUGUGACUGCAGAGACGCUGUGAUCUAAAUGAUUUUAUCCUGCCAUUACAGUCUGUUCUUUAUUUGUUACUUUGUACUGUUUGUGAUUUUUAAGGUAUAUGAGGGAGAUUUUCCUUGGUGCAAAUUGAAAAUAGUGAUCUUGCUCUGCACAGUACCUUAUAAAUCAUUUUGUAUGUUUGAAAAAUAAAUGUAUAUCCAACAA